CCUCAGUCAGUCUGCUGGCGUUCAGGGAGGCUGCAGCCACUUCUGCCUUGCUGUAUUCUUCGCAGGUAUCUCACUCAUUUCCUCGCCAGAACAAGUCACCUGGAUUUUAAAAAACAAAACUAAACAAAACACAAAGAAAAGAAAAGCAACAAAUCUUUUUCGACGUGCACGCCACCCGAUGUGAAAAAGACAGAGAGGGGAAAGGAGAGCAGAUAAAACAGAAGAGAAAUGGGAGCGUUCAGAGUGCUGCUGGGGAGUUUACAUUACAUGGGACUCUACAUGCAACUUAGUGUCUCCACAAGGCAAGCUGGACACGGCGAGAUAGAGAACCACAUCUCUGGGAACGCCAUGUUCACAGAGGUGCCUCACGAUAUGACUGCUCAGAGAGGUCAGGAUGUGGAGAUGGCCUGCUCCUUCAGAGGGGCGGGAACGCCCUCGUAUUCGCUGGAGAUCCAGUGGUGGUACAUCAGGAACCAUCUCGACUGGACAGACAGACAGCCCUGGACAACCAAUGAAGUGGCUCCUGAGGAGGAGAUGCCAAAGGAUGCUACAAAGAUAAGUGUUGUGAAGGUGGUGGGAAGCAACAUCUCCCACAAACUCCGUCUCUCCCGAGUCAAGCCGUCCGAUGAGGGCACCUACGAAUGUCGUGUCAUCGACUUCAGCGAUGACGCAGGUGCCCGCCACCACCGUGUCAGAGCCUACCUGCAGGUGGUGCCAGAGAGCGACAUAAUUGACAGCAACCACAAUGACAACUUUGAGGCCCUGGACGAUACCAAGGGAGGAGUGGCAUUCGUCGACGGGGGCGACAUGGAGUCACACGGUGGCACCAAAGAGCACGCUCACGGCCAUCACCAGAAUCACGGGCACCACCAGGAGCACGGCAAGCGGCCUUCAUCGUCGGCCCACCAUGGCCACAGCCACAGCGGCAGCAGUCAGCAACACAAGGCAGGCAGAGAGCUGAGGAAGAGGGACGUGGACAGUAACCACAGCCACAAUGACUGCACCAACGAGCCGAGCUGUACGCUGUAGAUGUCGCCUUACGACACCUGAGUGAUAGAUUACACAAGGAUUGCAUAACAUGAUGUGUGUCACAGCAUAAAAAGCUAUUCUUCCCACACAGUGCAAGCGUGUGCACAAAUCCAGAAUCCCUAGAAAUGUACAGUGUGGCUUGUUCAGAGCACAGCGCUGCAAACUGUGCUGGGGAAUGUAGCUUUUUCUUGCUGUGCAUGGGUCUGGGUUGGACUGCUCACUGUCUGUAAAGCCUGGCUUCACGUCAUUCAGCGAGGGGGCUGAUGUGUAGAUCUAAGCAGCUCCACUGUUUCUGGUCUCAGCACCGACAAAAAAAAAAAAAAAAAGACUUGUCUUACUAUUAACCCAUGCUCCGUUCCACUCUUGUACUUUAGAUACUGUAAAUGACACAACCCUGCUUUCAGGCUCAUACUUCUUCCACUGCCUUACUCUCUCAUUUGAUACACCUUCAGAAACGAAAGGGUAUUAUUAUACCUUUUGUAACUGGGUCUACGCGCGGUAAAAGAAAUGUUCCUUUUAUUCUGAGAGUGCACUGAAUGAAACUAAACCGUCAGUAAUUUUCCCCUGGAAAUCUAGUCGAGUCUGAUUCCUCAGCUUUUUACUUAGAGCACUAGCUUCUUUGCAUUUUUUUGUGUGUUCAUAUAAUGCACAUGAAUAUGGUGCAAAAUCUGUAUGCACCUGAAAUUCAGCAAUUUAUUCUGUGUUUACUCACAGGGGGGAAAGAAACAUGCUUUCUUCAGCAGAAACUCAUCAAGGUCCCAAAGCAGCAGCGCUCAUCAAGGACAGAUACGGCCUCAAUUCAUUUGAGUUGGAGGAAAUACUGCGGGAAGUCUGAGAUUUCUUCCCCAUUUGUGCGGAGUUCAAACAAAGCACACCACAGGCUUUAUUUUCCCCCACAGCACUUUUGAGCUUAUGAAUUUGCAGCCCAACAAAAAAGAUGUGAUUUUUGUUCACCCCCUUGUGCUGCAGGUUUAAUCCAUUCAUGGCUGUUCAGGCUGAGAGGAAUCAAUCGUGUUGUUCCAUGUGGACCCCACCUGUUUGGAAAGCCAUGAAAAGACUCAAAUCUGUGCCACUAAAUUAAAAAUUUGACUUGGUGUGCCUCUAAAGCCACUCUGUGACUAGAAAUCAAUGGAAGAAAUGUGAUCUUGGUGAUACUUUUUUGGAAGAGCAGUGCUGUAUCCCGGCUUAGUUCCCUUAUUCUGAUGCUCCAGCCCAGUGCUCAUCAAUCAUUUAAAAAGCCUCAAUCCUCUCCACUACAAGCCUCUAAUCCACUCUGUAUAUAUGACUGUAUAAUAUGAAAUAAAGUGAGUGCAUGUUCAGUAAUUUUCUUAAAAACUUUUUCAACCAACCAUACACAAAGACAGUGUGUUAGUUAAGGAUAUUUUGUCAUUUAUUUAUUUGGUUCAUUUAAAAAAAAAAUGUCCAUUCAGUUCGGAUUUUUUUUUCUACUUUACAAGUCCUGUCUAAUAGUUUUUCAAAGCAGUUUUCCGUUGCUUUACCGCUCUCCAGAAGUGCUGUACAGACAGAUGAAUGACAUAUUCUCUUCAUAGCUGCUCAGAAAGGGGUUUCCCUUAUGUAUCUUAGUACUUAAAGCAGUGUUUCUUAAACUACUGUACUGUAUGUGCAGGGCCGCACACAUGAGUGUUACCGUGUUUUAAAUGAGCUUGUACGUGGGAUUCAUUUCGUGCAGUUUGGGACUUUGGUCUGAAAAGAUCUGAGAGGCCAUUUUACUUCUGCCAAUUGAUAAUCUCUUUGCUUAGAUGCUCGUGUGAAGCGCAGGACAGUGCUUUACUCUGAAGGGAUCAAAUGGGGCAAAGUGAAUGUGGGUGACAUGCUGGAUGAAGCCUUCAGCAGUGAGGGCGAGAAGUAAGAGAAAAGUGUUGUUAGUGAAACCCUGAAAUUGGCUGUUCAUACCGCCUCAAAAUAUAGUCUGUGUCUCAAGGCCAUGCGGGGCUUUAUUUCUCUGCUGUAGGGGAACGUUGUUGGCAGUCCCUGCAGAGAGGGAGGGAGCUUUAGUGAACAGAGGAGUGAUCAAUUGGAUGUUUUUUUUUCAAUGAGUAACUUUGAUUUGAUGUUUUGUAAAGAAGAGAUCACUGUUAAAAAAAAGAGGGAAAAUGUACAUUUCUUCUAGAAUGUUUGGUCUCACACUAAGUGUAUGGCUUUAUCAAAUGAAAUAAAUUGUAUAUGAAACAACA